CCGUCUCUAAUUAAUAGUUGGUUUCAUUAUACUGACUCCGAAAACAAUAGCCGAGAAACACAACACAACACAACUAUAGCAGCGAAAAGUGAAAACCUUGGAAUUACUGCUUUUUCAGAAAAAACAAUAACGGCUGACUGCUUUGAAGCAACUUCUUUCAGUGUAAGCUGCUGGCUUCUCUCAUCGCCGAUUUCAUCCCAUCGUAUCGGGUUUCUGAAUUCGAGGCGAUUAGAUCGGCGUUGAUUUUACGCGAUGGAAGGUAACAAAGACGAAGCAUUGCGAUGCAUCAAAAUCGCCGAAGAAGCGAUUGCUUCAGGUAACAAAGAUCGCGCUCUCAAAUUCAUGAAAAUCGCCAAACGUCUAAACCGUGAUUUAUCGCUUGAUUCCUUGUUCACGAAGUGCGAACGACUGGAUUCUCAGUCCGCCGCCUCUUCCUCCGGCGUUGGCACCUCGGAUAAACCGGGAAGAGCCAGAGAUGGUGGUGGUGGUGGUUUGAAUGUUGAGAGGACUUACACGGAGGAGAAUGUUAAGUUGAUUAGGGAAAUUAAAGGAAAAAGUGAUUACUAUUCGAUUUUAGGUUUGGAGAAAAGUUCUUCUGUUGAAGAGAUUAGGAAGGCUUAUAGGAAACUGUCUUUGAAGGUUCAUCCUGAUAAGAAUAAAGCGCCGGGUUCGGAAGACGCGUUUAAGAAAGUUUCGAAGGCGUUUAAGUGUUUGAGUGACGGUGAUUCUAGACGUGAGUAUGAUCAAGGAGGGUUAGUUGAUGAGUUUGAUUCGAAUUAUAAUCAGGGGAACAAUUUUAGGCGGAGGAGGAGAAGGAAUACUACGAGUCAUGAUGUUUUCGAAGAGGAGUUUGAUCCUAAUGAGAUAUUUAGAGCUUUCUUUGGACAACCUGAUGUGUUUGGGAGGAGAAAUCAUGUUUAUACGACUCGAGGUGGCGGUGGGAUGGGUAACCAACAUCAGAGGCGUGAGGUUCAGGGUGGAGGAGGACAUUAUCUUAUGCUGAUGAUUCAGCUUCUGCCGUUGUUGAUUAUUUUGUUGCUGGCUUACAUGCCCUUUUCGGAUCCUGAAUAUUCCUUGCACAGGAAUCAGUCCUACCAGAUUCCGAAGGUUACUGAGGAUUAUGGGGUUCAGUUUUUCGUGAAAUCUCAGGCAUUUGAUUCUAAUUAUCCGAUUGGUAGUUCGGCUCGCGAGACCAUUGAGGAUAAUAUUAUAAAGGAUUAUAAGAGUAUGCUUCGUCGGUAUUGUCAAGUGGAGAUUCAGAGGCGUACUUGGAAUAGGAAUCUGGCUGUUCCUCACUGUGAAAAGCUUCAAAAUUUUGGGGUUGUAGCUUGAAGCUAAAGUGACUUCAUGGAUGUUAUUUGCUUGGCUUGAGGGUUCUUGUAUCAGUUGCUCAGCUUUUACCAUCAUUUUAAUUUUUCAUGAUGUAUAAUAUACGGUAGGAGUAACCCUUGUCACAAGCGGAAUGUUACAUUAGUAACUGCCAGUCAAGUGCCAUGCUGAUCUUGCUCUGAGAUUUAUUUUGAUAAGUAUGCAUAAAAAUGAGUUUCUUAUUGUUGUGAGGGGAUAUUUGGAUGUGAUUACCUAUUAUAGGGUUAUCAACAUUGGAGAAGAGUGCAACAGAUAGUAGCACAAAUCAUGAGUAUCAGCAGUGAGGUCAUUGCAAGUUGCAAGCUCGUGAACUGGGCUUAUAGUAUUCUUGAGGCAGUCUAACAAUUUUUAUACAGUCGUAGUAUGCACAUUACAUUAUUGAAAAAAGAAGUGAAAUCAAAUAAUUGCUACGUUCAAAUGAAUGAAUACUCCCUCUUCUGAGGAAGACAUACAAUCAUGAUUGAUUUUGAUUAUUGACAUAGGCAUGUUGAACGAGUGUUGACAUCAUUCCAAUGAUAAAAAAAACUCCCACAAUUAUAAUGUAAUGCAUUUUUCUUUA